AUCUAUUGUCAAUAUAGAUAUUCAAAUAAGAUAAUUUAUAAUAUUAAUUUAAAAUUGUAUCUAAUAAAUUAAAUUAAAAAAAACUAACAUUUGUAUCAAAAUUUAUUGGGCAUAUUAGUCGACAUGAUGGCCCACACCUAGUUUGAUUCUUAAAUAAAAUUUCGUAUUGUUUAGGUUUCCUGUGCUUCUCUUUUUUUUAUAUUGGUUUGUUCUAUACCUAGCUAGGGUUUUGAUUAUUCACAGUGUGUCGUUGCUGAGAUUCUGAUAUCUAGUUUCGUUUUUGUAAUGUUUUCAGGAGAUCGGUAUUGUUCGGAAGCUAGAUCUUAAUUAUGGACAAGAUAAGUCAGUUGCCUGAUGAGCUUCUACUGAAAAUAUUGGCAAUGCUUCCCACCAUGAAAGAUGUUGUGGACACUAUGCUUUUGUCAAAACGAUGGCAGUUUCUUUGGAUGAUGGUUCCAAGAAUCAAAUACAAUGAUACCUAUAAGAACCCCAAGUAUGGAAGCUUUUCUCUGUUUGUAGACAGAUCUUUCUUUAGGCACGAAGCUCCAGUUAUAGAAGCUUUGCAUUUCAAAGUUGGUAGUAUUUGUGGUAGUGAAGAUAUUCAAGCGUGGAUGAGAUGUGCUGAUAAACGUUGUGUGCGUGAUCUGACUAUUCAGGUUGAUACUUUUACUGAUAAAGAUUCAGUCUUACUUCCUUGGAGUUUGUAUAGUGGGGGAUGUAGAAUGCUUGUGACCUUGAAUCUAAGUAAUGCAGUUCUCGUGGAUGAUUUUACUUCACCAAUUUCUUUCCCAUCCCUCGAAACGUUGAGUCUUAAAUCCAUGAAGUAUCCAAGUGGAGAAUUUGUCAAGAAUCUUUUAUCCAACUGUAAUGUCCUUGAAGACUUGGUUGUGGAGCAAUGUCAAGCUGACAAUGUUAACAUUUUCACUGUUAUCGUCCCUUCUCUAAAGAGUUUAGUAAUGAAGACACUAGAUAACAGAGUUGGAAACGAUACUCAAGGGUUUGUGAUAGAUGCUCCUUUUUUGGAAAACUUGGACAUUUUUCAUUCGAGUGGAUUUUGUAUCUUUGAGAAUGUUAUGACUAAGAUUGUGGAUGCAAAUGUUGACGUUAAUUCUUGGAAGUUAUGGAAGAAGUUGGGUUCUAUUGCUUCCUUCAAGCGUCUUUUUCUGUGCGUACCAUCCUCAAAGGAUGUUUAUCCUGCCGGUAGUGUCUUCACCAGUCUUGUACAUUUCAAGAUAUGCACAUGUGAAACAGAAUGGGUGAAUCUACUUAUGCGUGUUCUCAGGGAUUCUCCUAAUUUACGUUCUCUCAAGCUUCAACAGAGUCAUUUCCUUCGAUCUGAAAAGCCACGCCCAUGCUGGAACCCUUCCUGGAAUGAACCGAGUUCAGUUCCUGGAUGUUUUUUAUCAAGUCUUGAAACUUUUGAAUGGGUACAUUAUGAAGGAGCACAAGAAGAGAAAGAAGCAGUAGCAUUUGUUUUUAGAAGCGCAAAGUGUUUAAAGAAAGCAACUAUUAAUAUCUACAGUAAAACAAAUGACAUUGACAAGAAACUUGAGGUGAUUAAGGAGUUGUUCUCAACAAGGCUUUCACCAGCCUGUCAGCUUGACUGCUUGAGUUACGCACUAAAGUUAUGAGUGAGAAUCAAGUAACAUCUUUUGGGUAGUUUCUAGAUCUGAAUCUUAGACAAGAAAGAAAGUACAACUUGUUUUUUUUUCUACUACAUUUAUAGCUCAUUUCAAUUUGAACUGUUUGAUUCAGGUAUCUCCUGCAGCAAAUUAAUUGAUAAGACUUUAUACCCAAAAUGUUUAAUCUUCUUUUUCUUUCACAGAAAAUCCAAGAGAAUGCAUCUAGUCGUUAGGUCAAAAGGUCAAAUUUUGAAGUAAGAUAAUUACAUAUGUUUCAAGUAUAUUUUGCCAAAAUUAUGUGUCACAUUACAUUCAACAUAGUUUUGAAUUUUUUUAAUAUAAACUAAAUAAUAGGUGAUAUUUACAAAAAUAAAAUUUAAGAACUUUGGUCAAUCUUUAGCAUAUUCGUUCAUAACAUAUACUCUCUCUGUAUCAUUUCAAAUGAUUUUAAAGGUUUUUACACAAAUAUUAAAAAAAGAAAUUAUGUAAUUUAUCCUGGUUACAUAAAAAUAACAUUAAAUAAAACUAAUUCGACCAAUAAAAAUAUAUAAUAUUUUAUAAUUAGUCACAAAUUUUAAAUUACAUUAAAUUUUAUUUUGAAUAGUAAGAACACCAUUUAUUAUGAAACAAAAUAAAAAUCAGUAAACACCACUUAAAAGUGAUACGAAAAUAGUAUAUAUAUACUUAUGUUAUACCAGAUGAAGUUGUACUAUUCCAUAUUAUAUAUUUGGAUUCUCUCUUGUACAUCUGUUAAAUCAAAUCACCAUAAUUAUCAAUUUUGAAUAGUAUAGAUAUUUAUUAUCUUUAUGAAUUAUAAAUACCAAUUUGUAAUAGCCUAUUUGAUUUUUUUUUAAAAUUGGUUUCAAGGAAAUAUAUCAACUACAUUUCUAUGUAAAAUUCCAAAGAAAAUUUAAACAUAAUUUCUUCUCUUUCUAAUUAAAAUAAUUAAAAUUAUUUGUAGAAUUAACAAAAAAGUAAUCAACCCUUGCGCUUGGGAAUCAAUUUACAUUCAAAAUUUGCUAUUUCUAUUAAACAUUUUUGGUUUAACCUUUUGUUCUUUCAUAGUGCUUCUAAAUUACCUAAGGGAUCGAUCCACAACUACUGGACUACCAAGCCAAAGGCUUCCUUCUCUUGGCUCGCAAACAAGAUCCUCAAAUUCAAAGAUGUUGUCUACCCAUUGAUUAAACUGCGAUUGGAGAAUGGACUAUCUGCUAGAUUUUGGCAUGACAACUGGUCCCCCCUAGGUAAUGUUGCUACGCUGCUGAACGCUCAAUCAUCAAGGUUAGGCAUUCCUCAACAAGCAACAGUGGCUUCGCUAUUCCGUAAUGGAUCAUGGCGUCUUCCACCUGCAAGAUCAGAGCAACAGCUACAACUUCAAGCACAUUUAACCACAGUCAACCUCACAACUGAGCCAGACUACUUUGAAUGGGAGAUAGAAGGAAGGAUCUCCAGCAAGUUCUCUACUGGUGAAGUGUAUCAUUACCUGAGAGGGGCGCAUGACGAAGUAAAUUGGACGACUGCGGUGUGGACAUCUUACGGAAUCCCCCGACAUAAUUUUCACACUUGGCUAGUAGUUUUGGAUCGCUGCCCAACACGGGAUCGUCUUCUACGUUGGGGCCUUCAGGUUCCGCCUGUCUGCUUACUGUGUAACAGCUUCCCCGAAACUCGUGAUCAUCUCUAUUUUGAGUGUGAAUUUGCUUAUGACUUAUGGUUGAAAAGCUCCAGAAGAUGUUCCCUUACACCCUCACGCAACUGGCCGGACGCGCUUAAUCAGAUGAUUACAUUACCAACUAGCAGAGCUUCAAGGGCACUUCGAUUACUCACCCUACUGGCAUGGCAGUCAACAAUAUACUGGAUCUGGAAUGAAAGGAACGCCAGACUGCAUUCCAACUCCUUUCGUUCUGCUGAUCGCCUCUUCCGGGUUGUAGAUUUACAAAUCAGAAACAGGAUUCAAAGUUUCAGAGAAUCAAACCCACGCCUAUCUUCUAGUAUGAUGCAGACAUGGUUCCAUCUUGCAUGAAGCCUCAUCUCUCAUCCAUCUCACUUGCGACCGCUUUCCUCUGUAUGAUCGUUGAUCAUCUCUGUUCCGCUGGAAAAUACCAGAAGUCGUUAACCAUUCUCCAUCAAAUGGGCUUACUGGGCUUAGGGCUAAAGAAAGUUCUAAACUAUUAGUUUCACUAUUGGGUAUUGCUCACUUAAGACCUUAAUGGCCUUGUAAACGUUUUCUUUUUUGCUCUUAAUUUUGAAAGCCAAUUUUCAAAAAAAAAAAAAAAUUUGUUUGGCCUGAACAAUAUAUCGCAAUCAGUUCAACUCACUAAAGUUGGUAUAUUCACUCACCAUGUUUAGCAUCAGGAUUCAAUGAUUCAUCUUGUUUAAAACUCAUAUAUAUAGUGAUUGAUUCUAUAUUAAUGCAUAGACCGAGUUAAAGUCUUGAUUUUCUUGUUAGUUAAACACAUUAUUAAUCCCAAGUUCUCUUCUUGCUGCUUCAAAUGUGCAUCAUUAUCGUCUUUACACAUGUAACACAAUCUUUUUUAUUAUUAUAUACACAUAACUAAUUAUUAGAUGAUAAUGAUUCAAACACAAAGAUUAGCUUUAAUUUGGCUAAAUGAUAAAUAAAGUCAUAUUUUAACCAAAAAUGUUCAUUUUAUUAUUGAGAAAUAAAAUCAGAAUGACAUUUAGGUAUUUGAGAAUCCCGUCUUGUUUAGAUUUCAUGUGCUUCUCUUUUCUUAUAUUGGUUUGUCCUACACCGUGUU